UAUCGUCUUUUCUACCGGAUGUAAAAUAAAAAUAAAAAAGAAGGAAAGCGAAGAACUAAAAUCUGCUGUUUUUCCCGGAGACAUAAUUCGCGGGCGUGACUUCAUCGGAUGGCCUUUGAAUUAAGCGUUGGCUGAACUCACCAUAGAGCGGGGGAAAACAUGAUGCCCUGAACUGACAGGCCAUCCAAGCGUGCGGAACCACCUAUACACUCUGCUCAUUCGCGUCCUGAAAGCGCUCCUUUGACACCAGAUAGAGAAAGAACCUCAUCAGUGAUUCAUCCAGCCAGCUGCGGCUUUCCUCCAGCACCCGUCUGUCUGACUACUCAUCGAACCAAUGAUUGCAGCCGUACUAAUUGCCGUUGGGUGUUGAUGUUGUUGUUGCUGUUGUUCUUGUGUGAAAGACUGAAGACGACGACGAUGUUAUGGCUCGCCUUCUCGGCUUUGGCGGUCCUGACGCAAUCGACGCAAGCCUCCGACGUUAUAGAAAAAGAUGACGUCAUCCGGAGGGUGUGUGGGUUUGACGGGAAGGAGUACGAAGCCGGGGACACGUGGCACCCGUACUUACUCCCCAUUGGCUACGUCUACUGCAUGACGUGCAUCUGCAAAGAGGAUGGUACGGUCAGCUGCCUGUCGGACUGUCCCAAAGUGACCUGUGAUAACCCCGUGUACCUGCCGGGAGACUGCUGCAGACGGUGUCCAGUAACUACCCCCGCCCCGACCACGCCACCCUAUGAGGGCCAGCAGUGCUCGUUCAAAGGCCGGACGUACCAACACGGGGAGAGCUGGCGCAGUGACGGGCUCUUCAUGUUACAGACGGAGAGCCAGUGUGUUCACUGCACCUGUACGGAAGGGGACGUUCAUUGUGCACAAAAAACUUGCGUCGUGCCACAAUGUCCCAACCCUAUCCAACUACCCGACUCGUGCUGUCUCCAGUGUCCGAGUAAUAACUAAGACUUUUCCUUCCAACGUCUAGUUGGAAAUAUCACCUCCAACUCUCUUGCAGAAAAAGCCAAAACUCCGAUCAGAGACGAAGAGGCGUACGAAGUUGAAGAGUACGACGACACUCAAGAGCAGAGAAUCCAGAACGACCCAGAGGCUAAUUUCGAGCACCCCCUACCGGAACAGAAGGGCGUUGCAGGCUCUCAGACCAGAGUCAACAUCAUCCUUGCCAACAACACCACGAACAGAAUAGGGAGAAUUUGUGUAUCGAGUGGACAGACGUACUCCCAUGGAGAGAAGUGGCAUCCAAACUUAGUCCCUUUUGGCCAAAUGAAGUGUGUCAUCUGUAACUGCAAUGACAGCAAAACCACGUGUAACAGAGUGUCCUGUCCUCCUGACUCAGACUUACCCUGUCAGAACCCCAGGAAAGUACCAGGAAAAUGUUGCAGUGCCUGCGUCGGUGAGAUAAUAGGAAGGUGA